GGCUUAAGGUCCACAAAAAAGGGGGAAGCGUACACCGGAUUCACCUGGACACCCCAAAUUCGUGUUCGGCGUAUCAAAAAACCCCCGUGUACCAAAAUUCAGCUUGUUAUCAAACUUUUCCCUAUGGAAUUUUGCAAACAAAACUAAGUUUUCAUCAAAACUCACAUUUGCCAAUGGCAAAUGUGAGUUUUGAUUCUAACCCUUGGUUUUGAAGGUGAAUUUCACACCAAAAUGACUUUGAUCCAAAAAAACCGAAUAUGUCACAUUAUAGAGUGUAAAACGGUAUAUCCAAAUCUGCCAUAAAACGGUAUUUUUUUUUUUUUGGCAAAUGUGAGUUUUGAUUCUCAGCUCCUCAUUUGUACAUUAUGACUGAGCGAAAGCUGACCAAGGUUAAGAUUUCGUUUGCUAUUCCAUCAAUAUUCUCAUUCAAACCCACGUUUGGGUUCUUUGAAGAUGAUACCAUCAAUAUUACAAUUCUAGGUAAUGAUUUAUCUUGUCCAAGCAAUGUUACCCAACUUAGUAUUGCAGUCGCAGGAAUACCGUGUACCGCAUGUCGUCCUCUGCAUUCGUCGGAAAUCGUUUGCACUAUUAACACUAGAAGUACAAAUUCAUCAGAACAUAAAGAAUACGAAGGUCCAGUUGAAAUUCGAGUGAAAGGCAUUAAUAUUAGAUCCAAACAGAAUUUCGGUAUGUUUGAUCGAAAAAUUAAAAGAAUUUUUCCAACAGGAGGUUCUUUGUAUGGUGGUAACAAACUGACCAUUUAUGGUGAAAACCUAAAUGUUAAACGUUCUGUGAAUGUUUACAUCGGAAAUGUUUCAUGUUUAGUAUUUCAUCAUGAACAAAAUGAAAUAAAUUGUAUUACUGGUCCAUCCAUUCUUAUAAAAAGCAACAUCGCUAUACAAUUUGAUGAAAAUUUUCGCAUAUUUAACUAUGUAUACUUACAAGUAUUUUGACACUGAUCUGGAUGAAAAAGGUCACAAUCUUACACUGAAAGGCAUUCCUGCCGGAAGAAUUAUAAUUUAUAUACACAAUAGUCUUGGGCUGAAGAUAGCAUCGAUUGGAAAAUUGUUUUUUCAAGUGAAUAACAACAGUCAAACUUACAAUGGUACAAAAUGUGAAGUAGAAAAUUCAACUAUGUUUACCUGCUCAUCACCUCAUAUGCCAGACAUUGAUAGCUAUUCGAUAGAUGUGGAAAAUCCUCACGUAUUCAACUACACACUUAUGGUAUCAUUCGACGGGACAUAUCGAGAAACUCCUUUAUUAAUCAAGUCGAACAAGUUUUUUUUGUACCCAAACCCAGUUUUCGAGCAUUAUUCCGCCACUGAAGUUGAUGAAAAUAUUCGAUUUGUUAUUAAAGGACGAAAUAUCGAUAAUGUUUGCAAAACGGACGAUUUUGUUGUGCGAGUAGGAGAUAAAAAUUGCAAAGUAUUUGUAUUAUCUCGAAGUGACCUGAUUUGUCAGCUAAAAAAAUCUGAACUGAGGUACAAUUAUUCGAAAAAUACCACAGUACUAGAUUUUAUAACUGCUUAUGUAAAUAUUACUGUGCAAAUUGGGAACAAUGCAGAGCAGGUUGUACCCUAUUUUAAAACGGUUCCCAUUGCCAGUACUGAAAAGGGGUCCGAUUGGAUAAUCUAUGGUGUUUGCUUCGGUGCUCUCAUUUUUAUUGUAAUCGUCUUCGUAUUGAUAAAAAUACUGAUCACAUAUCGAAAGAAGUCCUUUGAAAGCUUGAAAAUGUCGAGGGAGAUGCAGCAGCAAAUUAACAAAAUGGGCAUGGAUGCGAUAGCGAUGAGACAAUGUAUAAAGCAGAUAGUUGUGGAGAAAAAAAUCGACGUAGAUGAAAAUGUAGCAAACGUAUUGAAAUUACCAAAUAUUACAAUCGAGUAUACGCCUGUUACUGAAACGGAUGUAGAAACUUCACCAGAGAUGGAAUUUUAUCUACCGCUAGAUACCGAAUGGGAAUUUCCGAGAGAAAAAUUGGUUUUAGGAAGAUUUUUAGGUGAGGGAGAAUUCGGAAGAGUUGUUCUAGGUGAAGCUUUGGACAUCAUAGAUGAGAAUAUCACCACGACUGUGGCUGUUAAAAUGUUGAAAGAACCUCAUUCCGAUGCAGAUAUGAUUGAUUUAGUAUCAGAAAUGGAAAUCAUGAAACUAAUUGGAACGCAUCCCAAUGUUUUACGUUUGCUCGGAUGCUGCACUCAAAAUGGUCCUUUGCUGAUCAUCACAGAAUAUACAGUUCAUGGAAACCUACAAAGCUUUCUUCGCAAACAUCUUCCUUCUGAAAAUCUUAGAACAACACCAAGCAAGCUAUCUCAAAGAACUUUGAUUACUUUUGGUCUUCAAGUGGCUCAAGGGAUGAAAUACUUGUCUUCUAUGAAAUGUGUACAUCGUGAUCUUGCUGCACGAAAUAUUUUAGUAUCAAAUAAGUUGGUUUUGAAGAUAGCUGAUUUUGGAUUAGCCAGAGAUAUACGAGACAAAGACUAUUACAGAAAAAAAACAGGAGGCAGGCUCCCUGUAAAAUGGAUGGCACCAGAAGCACUGCAUCAUAACCUGUAUACAACUCAAUCUGAUGUAUGGUCAUUUGGCGUAUUGCUAUGGGAAAUUGUGACUUUGGGUAGCAUACCUUAUCCCACAUUCACCGACAUGGAAGAAUUGGUACAAGCUCUAGAUGAUGGGUAUCGCAUGAAGAAGCCUCAAAAUUGCUCUAUGAAGAUGUACAGAAUUAUGCGUGAAUGUUGGGAUUACUUACCGGAAGACCGACCCACAUUUUCAAUGAUUGUGGAAAAUUUGGAAGAAAUGUUGUCCAGUGCUGAUGAUAAUGAAGUUGUAGAAGAACCUGCUGCAUGUGAGUCAAAAUUGAGUAAUAUCGAGACCAUUGAAAUUGUUGAUGAAGCUACGGAAGCAGACUGUUUAUUAUGAAAGUUUUUUAUGUUUUGAUUAAUAUCUAGUUAUAAUACGAGUAGGGCUUAGGUUCUAACGU